CAGCCUGCGCCCUUCCCGUCAUGCCCCGCGCCGCCGUCGCCACUCUGGCCCCGCCUCUCGCUGGCAGUUCCCAGAAGGCCCCGCGCAGGCCAAGAUGGCGGCGCCGCAAGCAGGGCGAGGCGGGUGAGAGCGAGGUCGGGACCCCCCGUCGCCAUGGGGCCGCGCGCGCUGGGGCGCUGCGUCCUGCUCGCGCUCGGCGCCCUGGCCUGGAGCCUCAGGCUGGCAGAGGCGACGGCGUCGAGUGAGGCCAAGCGCUCAGUGAGCCCGCUGGUGGCCACGCUGUGCUGGCAAGCAGAAGACUUUGUCGUUGUUCAGGAUUGUGCCCCAUGCACGAUCUUCCAAGCAAAGACGAUGCCCGAGUGCAGCACGACUGGCUUCAUCGAGCAAAUUAACUGCGCCGUGUCCAAGAAGGAGGAGUACAGGAGCUGCCGCUCAGUGGUGACGGAAGCGCACAGCUUCUGGAAGUUCGAGGGGGCCAUGAUCUGUGUGGCUGUGGUCUUUGCCCUGUUGGUCAUGUGCCGCCAGAGGGUGCUGGACAGGAAGGCCCUGGAGAAAGUUCGCAAGCAGAUAGAGUCCAUUUAGUAUCUGUCGACCUCCCAGCAGCCCCGGUGCUGCCCACCUCCUCUGUCCUGUGCGGGGAACUGGGGCACGGAUGCUAAUCCCCUUUCCCGCUCCAGGGAGCUGCAGGAGGAGGAGACUGGCGUCAGACACCGAGAUCUGCUGUGUCCUGGCAGAGAGCACCUCUCUGACCACUUGGGAACGUGGUUCAGCCAACUCAGAGCCACGCCGAACGCCACUCGGCUUGCUCCUUGGAGACUCAGCAGCCGGCUGGGGGUUCCCCUCGGUCCAUCUCACCUGCCAUGCGGAGGGCCGGGGUCCCAUCCCUUCUUAGCCCCUUCUCUCCUGCCGUCAGUGCGCACGAGGAGUCCCUUUGUGACUGGCAGCUCCUGGUGGGAUAUGGGGCGUGUGCCCAGUGGGGGCUGCCACCUUGCAUCCCUCAGAAUUAACACAGCCCCCCUCCUUCCGCAGGUUCUGAGACAGUAAACCCUGAGCCUGGAUGCAGGAGCCGCCUCUGGGCAGCCAGUGCCCUGCUGUGCUGGCUGUCCAGCCCGAUGCAGUGAGGGAGGCAGUUGGUUAAUACAGGCCGCAGGCUGGGGCGGGACUUGCUGUCCAGUUCCUGCCGGAGCAGAGCGUGACCCUGCCUGGCUGAGGGGCAGCAAGGGACAGCGCAGCCCUCGAGCAAAGGAGGGACGCCAUUGGCAGCGGCUCCUCCGUUCCCUCAGGGUGACGUGUAGUGCCGGGCAGCUGGCUUGUCUGCUCAGGGAGUCCGGCCAGCCCUCUCCCUGCCCUGGGUGCAUCCGUCCCAUGACCCCAGAGCAGCAGGCCAGGUCCUGGCACACGCUUCCCUGCUGCUCCGUGCUGAUGCCGGGGCUGGUCUCGGGGGCACGAGGGGCUCGAAGCUUGUCCAGCCUGUUUGCAGUGAACUUAUCAGACUGGCCCCAUGGCUCUGCUUUAACGAGUGCCAGGGUCAGGGGAGAUGUGGGCACGGUUUCCUCUAGCUGGGUGACCGGCACUGCCUGCCUGUGAUGCAGCCGCCUGCAGGGGAUGGGGGAGCUGCUCCCCCCGGCCGGCUGUGGGGUUGCCGGGAUCCCUGUGGUAGGAAACUGCUGGGCUGGCCACUGUCCUGGAGUUGGGCUGAUGCUAUUACCCCUGCCAGCACAGCGCCUCCUGCAGGUGUAUAAGGAGCUCAGCCAGGCCUCUGGGCACCAAUGUGCCCUUCCUCCUAGGAACGCCCAGGUUAGCCGCUUCCCUCAUGUCCCCGUCACCCCGGUUCUAGGGCAGCAAGUCCUGGCCAAGCCAGCGUCUCUCCCAGCUGGGGGCCUGGAGCAACAGGCAGGGCAAAGAUUUGCCCUGGGGGCCUGGCGGUGUCCCCUGGGCUUAGGGCUUUGAUCAGUGUCUAGCUCCUGGGGUAAGUCCCAGCGCUGACCUCCCGCUCCGCUGGCCCAGUCUCCUGGGAACCACGUGUCUUGUCACACUGCGCCCUGCUGCUGCAGCUGAGCCUGUGCAGGGGCAGGCUGGGUGCAUGGGAGGGGAUGGAGGAGAUGUCUCUGGUGCUGGUAAUGGGCAUCAGUCUGAGCUCAGUGGUCCGUGUUUCUGUCCCAUCCUGCGGGCAAUGAUCUGAGCAUGCCAGGGAGCCCAUGUCACAGCUGUCACUAAUUACCCCCUUCAAAGACCAGGGAGCCAUGCCCCCUGCAGGUGGGUUCCCUCCAGUGCUGGCUGGGACCAGCUCCUCCUAAACUCCCUAGGGUAACAUUGAUUAAAGCGCCGAGUGUCGCCUGCUCCUGGCUGCACCUCGGGAAUGGCGAGGGGGAUGAAAGCUCCCAGCCAUGUUCUCUGGGCUGCCUGGGCUCACAGCAGGGUCGGGGCAGCCCUGCAGGGGGACAGAAGAGACUGACAUGGAUGUUUAGGAACUUCCCAACAGCCUGCUUGUCCCUGCCCCAGCCGGAGCGGGCUGGGCUGGGAUCUGGAGCGCCAUUUAAACAUCCCUCCCCCCAUGAGCUGGCCUAUCUGCGGCUGUUACCGGCCGGUGCAUGGAAGGGGCAGCGGGCCAAGCCCUCCCUCGGGCGCCCCGAACAUCGGCAGGGAGGGGAGCGUGGGCGCCGCUGGAGCUAAGUGGGAGCUGGGAUUCAGGCUUGUCUCCUGGGGCUGCCUUUGUGCUGAGGGAGGUUCCGUGUCAUUGCUCUGCGGGGGGGCAUGUCCUCCCACACGCCCAGCUGCUCCCCCCUCUCGCUGGAGAGCAGCCCCGUGCACUGCUGUACAGCACCCUCCAACCUCCCCCCAGCAGAGCGCCCCGCAACCAUCCCCCCGGUGCAGCUAGCAUCACUCCCUGUGGGACUGGCCCAGGAAGGUGCCCGACCGGCCCCACAGAGCUCCUGCUGCUCCCAUAAGGGGAGAGUUACAGCUCACGGCUCCCUCCCCCGCCCUGGUACCUGCAGCCCUCCUGUUCCGGUCCCCUUAGUGCUGCCCGGGGCCGAGCCCUGGGCUCAGUUGCUCCGUGGGGCUGAGGUGACUGACCCUUGGUGCCAGGCUCCAGGGCUGGUGACCUGGGACCCAGUGCUGCCAGGGGGUCUCUGGGGCAGACCCUCACCCAGGCCUGGCGGUUCCCAAGAACAGGCUGGCUCGAAUCCUCCCCUCUGCUCUCCCUCCAGUCUAGUCCCGCUGAGGUCUCAGGUCGCUGGGGGGGUGUCACCUGCCCGCUAGACAGAGGCUGCAGGUGGCCACGCUUGGCUCAGCUCGAACGGUUGGGGUUUAUUUUUUUAAAAGGCUUUUACAAAACUGAAUGGAACCAGGAAUGUCAUUAAAAAUCCUUCAAAGCA